AUGUACAAGAACCCGGGGUCCCUCAGCCGACACUUCGUCAACAAACAUAUCAAGCCGUUCCCAAAUGACAUGCACUGUGAGUGCAACAUUUGCGGGGAGAAGCUAAUGUCCAAAUCGGGACUCUUGAACCAUGCGCAAAGAAUGCAUGGAACUGUCUCCUGCCUACCUUUACCAGCUCUUGGCCUACCCCUCCCUUCGAGGUCAAGCGUGUACAACAUGCAAAUAUCUGAUCGCACAAUUAUUGAUUUUGAGGAAAUGCCGUGA